ACACACACGGCCGUGAUCGAGCGCGGUGCACAUGCUUCUCAGUUCAUUGAACUGUCCGGGCUUGCAAUGCAGUAGUGCAUUACUUCUAUUUAUAACAAGUGUUCAAAUUGUUAUACAUUAGGGUACAACUGGAAUUAGUAUUAUUGUUAUCAUUAUUUUGUUACAAUCGGAUGUUGAGGAAAACAUUAAACGAACUAUUGAGAAUAUCUAAAAUGACGAGUUUUGGGCAUGUUAAUUUCUUGUGGCUAUUCGUUAGCAGCAUCCAGUACGCAGGUGCGAGGAAUGUGGCUCUUGGAAAACCAGCAUACCAGACGGACACAUUCUCACAAGAUACAACAGCCGAUAAAGCGGUUGAUGGGAACACUAGCGGGAACCUGCUUUACGAUAAAUCAUGUACACAUACCCUAUCAUCUGACGCCACUUGGAGUGUUGAUCUUGGUGCUAUAUAUCAAGUGUCCACAGUUACAAUCUACAAUCGAAAUGGUGAUACUUCUGUGAGGCUUCGCAAUGUGGAGGUUUUCAUAGGACUAGAUAAAGAUGGACCAUAUUCCCUGGCUGGAUUCCACGAGGGAGUUGUAGGCGCAAGUUACACCUUUACCAUGCCACCCAACAGCCAGGCUCGUUAUGUCAACAUUACGCGCAAUCCCCCUUAUCAGAGGCUUACUCUGUGUGAGGUGGAAGUCGAAUCCCCAAGUUCCAAAUUCGCUACUAGCUCAAUGGCCAAGAUCCAAAACAGCACGCCCCUGGCAACCAUAAGCAACGUCCGGAGCCCCAUAGGAUGUGCCUACGCCUGCCACAUGGAUCUGAAAUGCCUAAGUACUAACUUCAACGCGGCGACCUUGACCUGCGACCUGUUUGAGACGCCAUUGGAAAUCGGGGACGCUUCACCCGCUUCGUCCGAGUACACUGCAAUAAGUUGUGUUCCGUGAAAAUUUUGUCGGAGCUCCUCGGCCAUUUUUAUCGAAAUGUAUGCCGGUACAUCAGUAGAAGUAGUUCGUAAUAUUUUGAAAUUAUAUCGUUAAUUAAAUGUAGUGUUUUAGCUUAUAUUUAUUGAUCUAAGUUUAAAUUGAUUGCCGGUAAAGUGUACUAUUGCAAACAUAAAUAAGACUCCCAAAUGUAAAGUCAGUAAGUUUACAUGCUAAAAUAAAUUACUACGCGAUCUACUUGCAGCGGACUUAAACAUACCGAUUUCUGAGUAUGUAAACCGUCCAUGUACAUUCGAGGUUGUUAUCGAGAAAAAUGGCCGAGGAGUUCCGAAUGGUGACAAGUACUAUUAAGUGAUUUAUCAUUUUUAAAUCACGAAUAGGUUAAACAGUUCUAUUUUUUGCUGUGUUUUUUUGUGAUUGAAUUUAUUACUUCUUUGUUUAAGAAACCCCAGUUGCUUUUGAUAUGCGUGAUUCACUACAUGCACUCUUUCUUAAAAGGACACCAGGCAUUUUCUCGAAACUUGUUAAGUCCAUAAUCAUUGGAUAAAACUAAGCUCACUUUUUUUGAAUUGCGUAAUAUCUGCUUCUUUAAGUGUUUUUAUACUUAGAUAGGAGUUAUCUUGAUGAAAAUCACAAUCAACCAUUUUUCUUUUAUCAAAAUCCAAUCCAAUCUAAUUAUGUAUUAUGGGCAAUUGAAAAAUGCAACUUAAGCCUGUUAUUCUUAAGAAGUUUCGAGAAAUUGGGGCCAGCGCAGGAUUUUACAUUUUUAAUCUUCAUUAAAUCAGUUUACACAUCAUUAUCUGGGCCCGCAAAAAAUUAAAAAAAAGUCAUUUACUAACUUAAGUCGAUUUCCUAGACAUAUCAUAGUCAAAUUAAAUAUUUAAAUAAAAUAUUUGUUUGCACAAGAGAUUGAAUUUUGUUUAAAGUACAAUAUUUACACCUCAACUUCCAUUCCUUAAAUGAACUGCCUUUCGGCAAUUGCGUUCAUCAAUCGAUGAACACAACAUCUUCGGAUAUGUUCGGAUCGUAAUUCAUUGCAUAACAAUAUACAUGAACGCUAUUGAUCUUGUUAUUGUUUGUAUUGUGUCUGCAGGUCCCGUACAAUAUAGAUCAACAUUUUUAAAAGUGUUAGUUAAUUAUAUUUUAAAUAUAUUGGUACCAGAAGUGUUUCAAUUUUACGUUUUAAAGUGAUUUCAAGUGGUUGAUCUUUUCCCGCGUUAUUGUGACGUCAUUUGAAAAAAAAUGUUUCCGGUUAUAGUCUGGUCGUUCUAUUUACAGAAUGGGUAAGAACGGAUUACUGAAAGGUUUUCUUAUAUGAAAUAAAGUAUUUUUUUAACAAUUCUUGAAUGAAAUAAUGAACUAUUGGUGUAAAUAUAAGGAAUGAAUUGCGGGGUUGAUGUUAUUAUCGGGGAUAUGAACGCAAUUGGGUUGGUCAAAGUACGCGUGGAGUCCUUCGGACUCCACACACAUUGACCAACCCAAUUGCGUUCAUACCCCGAUAAUGACAUCAACCCCGCAAUUCAUUCCUUAAAUGAAAAUAAAAUAUGUUUUGACAUUACUGAUUUAUUAUAUGAAAUGACCAGUGAUAUAAUUAACUUAGAAAAGGAUAUAAGUUAGGAAAUGACUUACGAUGUUAUAAAUAUAGUAUGAUUACUAGUUACUACUACAAGGUAUAGUAUAAAAAGUAUUUUGUGAUAGAAUGUGUUGAUACAUCGUCGGAUACCCACGAUACACAUUACGCUGUGCUUCAUUGUGUACCGUGGGCAAUUUAGUUAGAAAAAUAUCGUAAUUAUAAAUUAAAGCUACACUCUCACAGAUUGAACAUUUUGACAACUUUUUAAUUUUUUGUCUUGGAACGAGCCAUUUUUUGCGAAAACCAAUGGAAACCAGUUAUAUAACACUGCUGACAAAAAAUUAGAUAGCAGAUUUUUUAUAUUUAAGUACAAAAAUUGAUGUUUUAUGCAUUGUUCUUAAACCGUUACUAACGGUUAAAGCCAUAAAACAUUAAUUUUCGAACGGAAAUAUGAAAAUGUACGAUCUGAUUUUUUGUCAGCAAACUUAUAUUACUGGUUUGCAGAUAUUUAUGCAAAAUUUUGCUCUUUCCAAGACAGAAAAAUAAAAGUGUUGUAAAAAUGGUAUAUCUGUGAGAGUGCAGCUUUAAUUAAUGAGUCAAUUACAUUGGUUCCGUACAGUACCAGAUGCUUAACGGUUGAAAAAUAUUCUGCCGUAGUUGAACCGGGCACGCCGUCUCAGUAGAAUAAUAUUUGGCAGUAGUCAAGAUCACACGGCCACGGUGGCUACUGACACUGUUCAGUUAUUGAAUAUUGUUUGAGUGUAACAUGCGACUCCAUUGGAAGACGAGUUGUCUCUCCUGCCUCAUGCAUAUUCAUUAAAACGAGAUUUAGUCAGUCAAUUGCCCCACGGUAUGUAUGAAGUGUACGGAAGAAAGUACCGUGCCUGCCGACGAUGCUGAUGAAAGAACAAUUACACGAUUGUCAAUAUUACAAACACAACUUAUUCUAGAGCAAAAAAAUACAAUGAGUUGUACUCAAUGCCAUCUUUUGCUGAAGACUAUUUUUCUUUGGAAUCUUGUCUAAAGUUUUUAAUCAACAUAUUUUUAUCAGCGAACACGCUAUCAAAAAGUGUAAAAAGCACAUACGAAUUAUAAUGACUUAUUUGGUAAAAUGAGUGGAGAUUGAGAUUAGGGCGGCUAAUGGUAUUUUUCUUGAUAUAAAGAAAAAAAAGUAUUCAUAUAUGAAAUGAGCAGUGAGAUAAUAAACUUAAUUAAUAACUAAUAUUUACAUAAGUUAGGAAAUGACUUAAGAUGUUUUAUGAAUCCUUGCCCUGUCCCAAAUAUCUCAAACUCAAAUCUAAUUUACGUUGUUUAUGAAUAACAUGAGUGCUAUGUUUAACGUAUAUUGCUUUUGUUUUAUGGUGGUAUAUAUUUCUAAAUCAAAUGAACAACCAGCUGAUGAGGUAAUUUGAGCAAACAAUGAUAUUUACUAAUGCACUUUUAAAACAAGGGUGUUUUCUUUGUCAGAAAUAGGAGGCCAGUUUCAAGAACAAACCAACACGAGUAAAUAUUUGCAGCCUAAAAGCUUUUAUUCGAUAAGACAGCGAUAACAAUAGUCCAAUUACUUUGACAAAAUGCAUUUUCUAAGUUUGCUAUGCUUUUUCAAAAUUUAAAAUAAUUGUGAAACCAGGCUCAGACAUUGUUCUUUUUUUUGGUUUUAGACAGGCGUUAUUGAUUUUGUCAAAUCAGAGUCUUGCACAGUAUGACCUGACAAUUGCUUGACUUGAACAGAGGUUUGGUCAGUAGACAAAACACAAUUUUGAACAGCUUUGUCUGACAAUUGCAUGACUUCAACAGAGCAUGGGUCUGUAGACAGAACACAUUUUUGAUCAGUAUGGUCUGACAACGUUUUUUUUGUAACAUGCUUAUUUAAAACCUUUAAAUUAUGCAUACAUAAUGAAGAGCUUUUCAACAACUGCACCAAUAAAUUCUAAUGUCUUAUGUAUUUGGUGAUGUUUUAUGUUUCUGUUUUUCAAACGCUUUGAAUAAAAUGUU